CUGACCCCAAGGCAAACUGAUCAGAGAUACUGUUAAAUCCAAACCUAAGAUACAAUAUGAUCGUCAUGAUUAGGACUAGCUACCAAAAACUUGCAAAGACUAAUUGUUCAAAGACUAACUGAGUUCUGAAAUUCCUGUCCUAAUACCAAUUGGUAAACACAACCAAACACAUACUGCACACACUUCACUCUUUAUUCUUUACUAAACCCUGAAAGAGACAUGUUUCUUAAUUUUCUUCAUUUCUUCUCUUCCAAUUUAAACAAAAGUUUAAGUUCACAGCUCAUUAGAGUCUUUCUUUGUUUCAUCUUUUCUUGAAUUCUCUCUUCGUGGCAAUGAAAAACAGAAAGCUUUUCCCGGCUUUUACAGAAACAAACCAAACUAUAGACUGCCCUAACUUCUGUGACCCUGCCUGCCCUUACAACUGCUACCCUUUCCCUGACUUUUAUUACCUAUCUCCACCGCCGCCGCCUCCUCCACCUCCUCCCCUCUCUGACCAAAACCAUUACAUCUCACCUUAUGUGAUCAUCUUAGUUUCUGUUCUAGCCAGUUUCUUCCUUCUUGUUGGCUACUAUGUCAUUAUAGUCAAGUCAUGUUUUGGUUGCUGCUGUUCAAGAAAUAACAGGCAACCACAAACUCAAACUGAUGCUUCGGAUGAAGAGUUCCUUGAUGAGAACCGAGUUGAUCAUCCUAUUUGGUUCAUCACCACUGUGGGUUUGCAGCAAUCAAUCAUAAAUUCGAUUACGGUUUGUAAGUACAAGAAGGGUGAGGGAUUGAUUGAAGGGACAGAAUGUUCAGUAUGCUUGAAUGAGUUUCAAGAAGAGGAGAGAGUCAGGUUAUUGCCUAAAUGCAACCAUGCUUUUCAUAUUUCCUGUAUUGAUACUUGGCUAAGGUCUCACACUAAUUGUCCCUUGUGUCGAGCGCAUAUUGUCUUUGAUGCUGUUUGUGCCACUCCAACUUCUACGGAUCAAAAUUCUGAAAAUAUGGAUCUAGCUGUCGAUAACAGCAUAGAAAAUUCUGAGAUUGGAGCUGAAUUUACUAGUCAAAAUCAGGGGAGAAACGGUGAGCCUUGUGAAAACAGGACCAGAGCAGAUGCUGCAAGUGAAUUACCAGAGACUAAUGACCAAAGAAUUUUAAAGGAAGGUGUCUAUUCUGAUGAAAAUGCCGCUUUGGUAGUCAGUGAUUGCAUUGACAGUGGCCAGGUUGUGGCUAAAGAGAUACAAAUAAUCAAGAGGUGCGUUUCCAUGGACUCUUCUUCAGCUGCAAGUUUGUUUCCCGGUUUGGCAAAUUUAUGUCUCGUUAAAUCAGAAGGAACUUCUUUUAAUCAACAUGAAGAUGUUGAGAACCCAUAUUCAAGCAUCAUUACAAAGCAAGGUGAGGCGAACUCAAGCGAGUUUAGGCUAAUGGGUAAUUCUUCCAGCGCUCAGCAUCUUCAUUUGAGUCCUGUUCCCAUGAAAAGAUCAUUCUCCUGUGGUGGAAGGUUUUUGUCAUCCAAACGGUGCUGCAGCAUGAAUUCAAUUCUUCCCCUGUAAAGUUUUUUACUCUUUUAGAUAUAGUUUUGGCUUUAAGAGGGCGAUAUUUGCUAAACAGAGAGAGCAUAUGCAGUACGCACCAUAAGUUGGGGGUUGCUUUUUUCUGCUUCUCGCACCAAAGCAUGAAAUCUCAACCCUUAACGAUGCUUAGCUACGACGUAUUAGAGGAAUUUUAAAGACGAAGUUCUGUUCAGAAGAAUAAAUUUCAUGUAUUUGCCUAAUUGCCUAGGUUUCAAGUCCUGAACAAGAACUUGAUUGAAGCUUCAAGCUCAACUUAAAUAUACUAAGUGAUACCUGUGUGCAAGAACUCAUUAUGUUGUUAUUCAGUAAAGAGAAAGUGAUCGAGAGAAGAAAAUUUUCUGCAGAAACCAACUGAUUUCAGCUUUGAUUUUUGCUUUUCACUAGGUGAACUGUCUUUUUUGAUAAUUGAAAUAUAUUCAUUAUCUAAGGAAGCAGGAUAAACAUCUGCUACAAAAGAACAUGUUUUUGGAACCAUUGAGGUUAGUGAGAGCUUCUAACCUAAUAUUCCAUUUAUUACAUAUUAAGCUAUUAACAAAGCUGCUAACAACGUUACAAUUUAAAUUGUAUAUCAACAGAAAUAGCCUGUAGGAUUCUAUUAGCGGUAAGAACAGCACCACCACGCUUCUUUAGGUUCUUUGCUCACCGAAUGUGAUAGAGAUAUACUAGCCGGAUGGCUGUUAAUAAUACAGCUACGAGGUCUCUGCAUUUAGAUUUCUGAAUAAUCUAUUGAAACUCAACCCGCCAUCCCCAGAAGCUCUGAAUGUAAGAAGUUUCUCCAAUACCUUCCUCCAAAUAUCUUUUGAAGAGUGAACUGUCAUUUGACGAUUAUGGUAAACUUUUAUUAUUAUAGGCAAUUAUUAUCUUAAGAAAAAUAAACAUGCAACGAACAAUUAAAAAUCUAAUUAUUACAUUCAAUGAAUAUUCUAAUUACUAAAAUGUGUCAGAAGUUUAAAUCAGUUCUUGUUGUAACAUCUUUUCGCUAUAGUUAGGUAUGUAAAUGUAAUUAUGUGCGCUUCUAAAAGCAAAACCUGUUGAAUUCUUCGGAGAAACUGGAAAUAGCUUAAGCCUAGGGAGAAUUUAAACUAUGUCAUGGUUGUUAUGCUAUCUAAAUCAAGCCUGUUUAUAUUCUUGAAAGCUCUAUUAA